CUGGCUAAAGAGUGGGAGGGGUUUUGAACUGCAAUGAAUAGCAAAGGUGAAAAGGUGUAUAGUUCUUUAGUAUGAGGGAGGACAGAGCGAAGUAGACAGACUUAUUGUCAGCACAGGUGUUGACGUUACAGAGAAACAGAACGAGAGGACAGAGCGAGAAGCAAUGAGACACAAGAUUGAUCAAAGCUCCUAACAAAAAAAAACAUUAAAGUUGUUGCCUUACUUUUUGAAAAGCAUUACAUUCCAAGAUGUCAGGUCUAUGGCAUGGUAAGAUCUUAAUGCUGAUGGUGGUGCUUACUGUCAGUAGGCACAGCCUGGCAUUCCAGGCAAGGAAUGCAAACCCUUCUAAUCAGCCUGGGACAAAUGCUAGCACAGGAAAUGGAACUGAAAAUACUAUCACCACUCUGCCCAUCGUCACUUGGAAGUGGCAUCAUACUGAAGGACCCUACCUGGUCGCACUCUGGGUCCUAGUCAGCUGGAUCUGCAAACUCGUGUUCCAGCUAAACCCUGCUCUGACCAAUGUGUUCCCAGAGAGCGGCCUCCUCAUUUGCAUUGGUUGGGUCCUGGGUGGUAUCAUCUAUGGAGCAGAUAAGGUUCAGACCUUUAGACUGCAGCCCUUCACCUUCUUCUAUUACCUGUUGCCCCCGAUCGUCCUGGAUGCGGGCUACUCCAUGCCCAACAAGCAGUUCAUGGGGAACUUGGGGGCUAUCCUGGUUCAUGCUGUGAUUGGCACCGUCUGGAAUGCUGCAAGUUUGGGGUUAGGCCUUUGGGGUUGCUGGUUGGGCGGGGCCAUGGGUCAUCUCAACACUGGUCUUCUGCAGUUACUGUUGUUUGGGAGUCUGAUUGCUGCUGUGGACCCUGUGGCUGUGAUUGCUGUGUUUGAGGAGGUCCACGUCAACGAGGUCCUGUAUAUCAUUGUGUUUGGGGAGUCCCUACUCAACGAUGGUGUCACAGUGGUGCUUUUUAAUGUCUUUGAUGCUUUUGUAUCACUUGGAGGCCCUGCUAUCAAUGCUGUCGAGAUCAUCAAAGGCAUAAUUUCAUUCUUUGUGGUGGCAUUUGGGGGAUCCCUGGUUGGUAUUGCCUUUGGUAUACUGAUCUCGCUCCUGACCAGAUUGACCAAGAAAACCCCAACUAUCGAACCAGGGUUCAUCUUUGUGUUCGGCUACCUCUCGUACCUCACAGCAGAGUUUCUCUCGCUGUCAGCUAUACUGUCGUGUACUUUCUGUGGGGUCUUCUGUCAAAAGUAUGUUAACACCAACAUGUCUGAGAAGUCAGUCAACACGGUACGGACAACAAUGAAAGUGUUCGCCAAUGGCUCAGAAACCGUUAUCUUCGUUUUCCUUGGCAUAUCGGCCAUAGAUCCAUCUAUAUGGGUGUGGAACACCGGCUUUAUCCUCCUCACACUUCUCUUCAUCUUUGUGUUCAGAUUCAUGGGGGUCUUUGUGCUCACCUGGAUUCUGAACCAGUACCGACUGGUUCCCUUGGGGCUUAUUGAACAGUUAGUGAUGGGCUAUGGUGGCCUACGAGGGGCAGUUGCCUAUGGUCUUGUGUUCCUGCUAGAUGAGAAUAAGUACAAGGAGAAGAAUCUGAUGAUAAGCACCACUCUCCUUGUGGUGUACUUCACUGUUAUGCUUCAGGGAAUAACCAUGAAACCCUUGGUCAACUGGCUGAAAGUGAAGAGGGCAACGACAGAUGAAGCUAUGCUAGCUGAAAAAAUUAUGAAUAGGACCUUUGAUCACAUGCUUGUUGCCAUAGAGGACAUUUCUGGACAAAUAGGACAUAACUACUUAUGGGACAAGUGGCACAACUUUGAGGAGAAGUGGUUGUUCAGGAUAUUGAUGAACCCAACUGCAAGGAAGUCUCGUGACUACAUAUUCAACAUCUUCCACCAGCUCAACCUCAAGGAUGCCAUGAGCUAUGUGCAAGAGGGUGAACGCAGAGGCUCACUGGCGUUUGUUCGGAAUGAUUCCAAGGCUGAUGUGGAUUUCAAUAAGCAGUUUGAUACCGAUUUCACAGACAUGCCUGACAUCAUGGGACCAGAUCAUAUUCCAGUCCCCUUCGUGUUGCGGGACAGUGUGCCUUCUGUCAGCCUGAAUAUGCAUGAGCAGGACCAGAAGAUGAGGGAGUCGGAAGACUUUAAUGCACACCAUUUACUGCAACAGCACUUGUAUAAGGGCAGGAAACAGAGGCACACAUACAGUCGGAAGCAGCCUGUUGUCAACAGGGAUGAGGAUGAGGUGCAAGAAAUCUUCCAGAGAACAAUGAGGAGCCGUUUAGAGUCCUUCAAGUCUGCCAAAAUGGGUGUUGCUCAACCUAAGAAAAUAACCAAACAUUCAAAGAAAGAUCAGACAGAAAAGAUGUCAAAUGGAAAACCUGCAGAUGACAGUAAAAUCCAUUCUUAUGGGGAUGAAGAUUUUGAGUUUUCUGAAGGAGACAGUGCUGGUGAUGCAGCUGGUGGUUCAUUUCCCAUGGCAGCCUAUAAAGGCGGAGCUGGAAUUGUCAACCCAGCCUACAUGGCAGAGAUGGACUCCAAUGAACCUAUGCCACCAAUGCCACAGAUUCCUCCAUGGCUUGCUGAAGCUGGGGAGGACAGCAGCAAUGUGGCCCCUUCUCAGAGGGCUCAGCUGAGACUGCCCUGGACCCCUACCAACCUCCGCCGUCUAGCUCCACUGCGUCUCAGCACCCACUCCAAUGACUCCUUCCUCCUGGCUGACUCCCCGGCAACACAGGAGGGCACUGAGCCCCAACCACCACUGCCCCUACAAGAUGGCCGUGGUCGAGGAACCCACAUGUAGUCAUCCUUUCAAAAAAAACAUUUGGUGCCUUUAUUCUCUAAACUUGGAUCCAGGUUGUGAAGCCAACUGGUAAAAAUCAAACUGCCAAUAUCAGACAUCCUGCACAUGCUUUUUAAACAAAAUAUCUUUGAGGGCAUGUUAUUUGUUGUUUAAUCAGAAUCCUUUAUCCACAAACAUUAAAUUUGCAGUUUCAGUAAGCCUUGUUCUCUCCAAAUAAGGCUUUCGGUGCUUGGAUAAUUGUCUUUUUCUUACAUGUUUAGUUAAUGUGAAAGAAGGACCAAUUAGGAACUCUUUCAUUUAUUAAUAUAAUUAUUGCACCAACUCUAGGGUUUCAAUAGCAUAAGUUAACCUUGACACUAACUUUCCAAAAUAAUAUACAGACUUAGGUUGUUUGGGAAAGUAUUUUUGAAAGAAUUUACACCUUUAAAAUGUCAGCAAUAUGAAAAAAAAUUGCCAUUAAAAAUAUGGUUGUGGUAUGGUAAUCAAUCAUGUUCACAUUAUUUAUGUUAAAGAUUGAGAAAUUAUGUAAAUGAAGAAAGUAAAAAGCAUACCAUUCUGGAACAGACCUAUGUUGAUGCUCAGAUACUGUGGUAGACUAAGUGAGAACAAAGUCUUGAAUAACACUAAUCUAAAAUCUGUGGUAGAGGUUGACAAAGGAGCAAAUGUAUUAGUUAUAGUUAUUGCUUUAGCCAGAGGUUAAACAUUAUAAGUUAGAUUGCUAUUAUACUUUGGUUGGUAGGUGAGGGGGUUGAUUCACUGGGUUAAUUUAGUGGGUUGAUGUGAGCCAUGUGUUAUAAUCUUUCCUAUGUGCUCCCCCUGGGCUAUGAUUUGAUUGGUAAAAAAUAUUUUAGUUCUAAUUUCAGAUGAAAAUAGUAGAGAAGUAAACUAAAAUGUCAUUAUAUUAAUAUCUUAUAUAAGUGGUUUUUGAGUGUGGUUACUGAAACACCUGUUGUUUGAUUGAUAUAACUUAUUUUUGUUGUGAUUUCAGAUUUGAAUGGCAGAGAAGUAGAGUAAGAUUUCAUAACCUUGACGUUUUUGUCAAAAUGUUUUGGAAAAGUGGUCGAAAUAGCUUAUUAGUAACAAGAAUGUACUGUGAAUUUGGUUUUGGUGUUAUUAUGAUCUCCCUGUAUUAUGUACAUAAUAACAGGGAAUGAAUCAUGAAUCUAACACCAAAUUAGACUGCCAAAACACUGAAAGAUGAACACAGUAAAAAAGCAAACUGCUAAAAAGCAAAACUGCCAGAGGACCUGAGCAAAUUUUUAAGAAUUGUUCUAUUUAUAUUUUAUUUAUUUAGAUGCAUUGUUCGCUCAGGUCCACUGUUAUUAUUAUUGUUUUACUAUUUGAUGCAGCCAGUAGUUCAACCAGUAAUGUAAUGUCGAAUUCGUUCUCUGAACUGUGUUAAAUGAAAUCUCUCACAUUUAUUUAUUUUCUUUAAGCACUUUGAAAUGCAUAUCAUGUAAGCUCCAUAAAUAAAAUUACAUUUGAUUU